CUGUACCCUAAUGUCAAAGACUAGGAUCUUUGUUAUGUCAAUGCUGUACAGAGGUAAUUUUUAAAAAGGUUGGAUGUUGAAAAUUUAAGUGGUGGUAAUGAUGUAAUUGCUUGGUUUAUUGCGAUAUUGUCCUGAGUCUGGUAUAGCAUCAAUAAGUCGAGAUUGUUUGUUUGGUUGCUAUUAGAAUGGAUGCAUUGACUGCAGGGCUACAUGAUGCUAUCGUUCAGUUCCAAAAGAAGAUCGGUGCUUACGAUAAAGACUUAUGGGAAGAAUAUAUGGAAGAGACAGAAUUGCAGGAAUUUGGAAAAAAUACAAAUGCUCCCAUGAAGUCUAGUCGUGUAAAGACAGAACUGAUUGAUGUAGAUUUGUUUCGAGGCUCAAAUUUCACCAAAGCCAAGCCAGAGUAUGCAUGGAUUGGAAUCACAAGGCGUGGUAUCACUCGGGUCAUAUUUUAUCCAUUCUGCUACAAAUGGUGGAUCACCAACAUUUCUUGCAGACUCUUUCUUGUCUUUUUGACCCUCUAUGCUAUGCAGGUCAUCUCCAUGGUUAUAUACCUUUUUGGUCUUGUAUCCAAUGGGAAGGAGACUGUGCCUUUUGUGGAGGUCUUCAGUCCUGUAAUUUUGAUGCUAAUUCUUGGCACAACUUAUUGUCAGGUAGUUUCAACAAAAGUUUCAAAGAUACGUCACUUACAGCGCAAGUCGUCGCGCAGGAAAUUCAAAAUAAACUACAAGAACAGAAAAAAUCAGGAAAAAAGAAAUAAAAGUCAACAGAAUUCAAAUGCCAAUUUGAAUUCUUGGAGCAACUUUCCGAAGACACAAGGUUCAGCAGAAGAAACAAAACAGCGAGGCAAGACGCGAGAAGCGCUAAAUGUAACUUGUCUCCGUAGAAGAAUUGUUUCAUUAGAAAAUUCAGGCAGAAACUUACCAGACAAUACAAGUGUAGAGAACUCCAAGGCAGUCAGCAUCAAUAAAAGUGAACCGGUCUAUGUUCCAACAGGCGACGAAGAUGUUAACUGUAAUUCAGAUGAGCUUCUUCAGUGUAUGGACUCACCUAUUGAAUCAAUGGAACCGGUUGGUGACAUCAUCAUCUCAGAUUCCAUUGAUGACAAUUUUGAGGAAUUGAUUCCAAAUUCAUCAUCAUGUUCACCAGAGGUUUCAUCCAUAACAUUUCAACCAUCAUCCUUGUCUAAUUCAUCAAUAAAAGAAUGCUUUUCCUACAUUCCUGGUUCUGGUAAAGAUGAACAAAUUGAAGCUGGCAAACACAACGUUCAAGAGAUUGGUCCCACAGCAAUCAAAGAGGAAGAUAUGAAGCUAAAAUCUCCUCUAACAAAAACACUGAACAUGGGGAAUGGCUUUUCAACAGCGAGCAUUUCAACUGAGUCAGAAGGCGAUGACCUGUGGAUGGAUAAAGGAGACGAUGGGUCAUCACCAAGUUCAUCUGAAACAAGUGAUUCCAGUGAGUCUGAUGAAGAUAGUGAGGAAGAGGAACCAGAAGGGGUUGUCAGCGGUCAUCUCCCAAAACAUGAGAACCCAUUUUGCUCCAGUAUGGCUUCCAUUCCUGUACUCACUAACAAUUCUUACAGUUCAUCAGAGAAAGAAAAAGUUGGCGUUCGUUUGUUUAUGGGUAACGAGUGCAAGAAGACAGAGAUGACAGUAGUAGAGAUCAGCUAUGCAAUCAACCAUAAAGUAGAUUCUAGUAACAUCAACAAAGCCGAUUACCUUCUCAUCGGUUUUGUGUUUUCUGCCCUCAUUGCUAUCGUUCCAGUUUGUUACAGAUUACACACAGCCCAAACCAAUGACUCAACCUCAUGGAUGGAUACAAGUUGGCUGUUUGCAAUUCAUCGGACUAUGUUUGGAUCUUAUUGGUCCAUUCAAAUUGUAACCGCCACAGCAUUGGUCGAGAGAUUUGUGCUCAGUUUGAUGUAUUUUUUCAUGUUGGCUGUUGCAGAAAGGACAUACAAGCAGAGAUGCCUAUUUGCUAAAUACUUCACCCAUCUUACAUCUGCAAGACGAGCGAGGAAGUCCUCACUGCCUCAUUUCCGUCUUGACCGUGUCAGCAGUAUUAAAGCCUGGCUUGCACUUCGCUCAUUCUUGAAGAAACGAGGCCCUCAACGAUCUGUAGAUGUGAUUGUUACAUCAACAUUCCUUGUCACAUUACUACUCAUCUCUCUUCUCUGUACAGAACUCCUUCAUGACUCGGAUAGGCUACACUCUGAGCUGCACAAUUGGGAGGUGGUAAUGUGGAGCUUUUGCCUCAGUGUGUAUCUGCUGCGUUUUGUGACUCUAGGCUCAGAAAUAAACAAGAAGUUUAGGAACAGUUCGCUUCUGUUAACAGAACAGAUCAACCUGUACUUACGUAUGGAACGCAAACCAAAAAAGAAGGAUGAAUUAAUGCUAGCAAAUAAUGUACUUAAAUUGGCUUCAAAGCUCCUGAAGGAGCUUGAGAGUCCAUUCAAAAUAUCUGGUUUGUCAAUGAAUCCAAUCUUCUACAACAUCAUUCGUGUAGUGGUACUGUCAGCCUUUUCUGCAGUGCUAUCAGAAGUUCUUGGUUUCAAGCUAAAGCUUUGGAAGAUUAAAACAUGAUUGCAGGUACUGAUUAUGAUUAUUCCAACAAAGAAAACAAGAUGAUACAGGAACAUUCAACAGGGUUAGCAAACAUAUGUCAUCUAGAGAUGUGCUUACUCCAUUUUUUCUAUGUGCCGUUGUCCAUGAAAUUGAUUAAAAGUGUGUUUUUUUAUAAUUAAGUGUACUACUUAAUAUUGUAGUCUAAUAUUAGUGUAUAUAAUUUCCAUUUUGUUGUAAAAUUUUUAAUGCAAUUAUUACUUUUAGUAUCUUAUUCACAAUGUCUACUUUUAAAGUGCAAUUUAUAAUAUAAUUAUUUAUGCCUAAUGAUGGCUUCAGAAAUUUGCCAACAAGGGUGCAUCCAGAGGGCCAUGUAAGGCCUCCAGUCAGGGUCCAUGUGGUGCAAUCCUCUUACUGCAGAGAUGUUAGGGUUUAUGGUAACAAUUUUCCGUCUGCUUAAGUGGCAGACAAGGGUUGUCCUGACCCCUAGAGGUGUCCAUGGAAAUUUCCCUUGACCCUUUCUUGCUCCACCACUCUUUACGUCCAUUCCAUUUAUUUCUGCUUUAAACAUUAAAAUUAAAGUUGGUCAUUUUUGUGUUCUAAGUUGAUGUGGCUAUAGAUAAAUCUUGCCAUCCUGGUUCAAAAUUUUUGUUUUUCCUUCAUAAUUACAUUUUUGUUUACUUAUAAGACUUCGUUGAUUCGAAAGAGUAUUACAUAGAUGCAUUCUAUAAUGGGUGAUGGAGUGCAAGUGCUAUAGUAUGUGAAGAAUAACAUGUUUUUAAUGAUUGAACCAAGGGCACUGAAAUUUGAAGGCAGUCACUUUACCACAAUGUCAACAGAAGCAAUUAUUAUUAUUAUUAUUAUUAUUAUUAUUAUUAUUAUUUAUUGUAAUAAUAAUAAUAAUUACAUUUUUAAAGUGGCAAGAUACUUGCUUUUGGAUUUGAAUGACAGAUUUGAAAAAAACAGGUGCAGUGACUGUGUGGCAAUGGCAGUAAUAAAGAUCUCAGGAUAAUUUUUUUCACCAUGCAUAAAAAGGGUACAAAUUGGCUUACAAAAUUAUGAGUUGUAACAUUGCAUUUUCAUUUUGUUGUGCCUUUCUUCAUUUUUUUUUUAUGUGUUUAAAUAUUUUAUUCAUUUAUGAUGUGAAGUGCAUAGAAGCAUUUUCGAGCAUUAAGCACUAUACAAGUGUAACAUUAUUAUUAUUGACUGCCGCAUAAUUAAAUAGAAUACCUCAUGCGCAGAAAAAAUGAUUCAACCUCAUUGUUGUAUUGUGUACAGCAAUUAAAUAUUAGCACACCAACAAAUAUAUGCACGCAAAUAUUAUUUAAAAAAUCAUGCCCCACUGAAACUUGCGCAGAUUCUAUAGCUGAUGGGCUUCUGUGCAUAUUUUCAGGUUUGCUAAAGGCAAAUUGCUGCUCCUGUCAGCACACACAGUAUUCCUUCUAACUCAGUGUAUUUAAUAUUUUAUUGUUUGAAAUGUUGAAUAUUAUUGAUAUAUUUCAUAUAUACUGAUUAUACAGUGAGUAUGAUUAAAUAUUACUGAUUAUAUUAAAUUAUUUAUUUUAAAUAUCGUAUAUAAUUAAGUAUUGCAACUCAACUCACAACUAAUAAAAGCCCUCAGCCUCAACAUUAGGUACAGUAAUAUAAAGUGUAUGUGUGUAUCUACUUAAACAGUGAUUAAGUUUGCUGUUGGCAAUCCUUGGCUCAUGUGCCUAAAUUAUGAAUACAAAAAAUAAAUAAAAAUUAGGUGGAUGACCUUCAGCAACCAGUGCCAUGAAUGAAUUGGGCAGUAGGAUAUUAGCCAAUAAUCCCCGGUUUUUUCCCAAAUAGAGUACUGCUUUCUUGUAACUAUUAGUUUUAACUAACUGGCUAAUCAAAUUGCUAUUUGGCUAAUUAUUUUCAUACCGAAGUAGCCAAAUUGCUAAAUAUUUUGUUUGGCCCGCUUAAAUGCUGUUUACAUGUUCAAUCACCUUUUGGGACCUGAAUUGUUUGAGUGGUCUCGGAGUUCAGUCAGCAAUUAGAGGGUGAACUGUAUUGAUAUGACACUGUUAAUAGUAUGCAGCAAUACACGCUUUUGGACAAUCCUUUUCCUUUUGUCUAUUUGCAACAUUUAUUGCCUCCCGCAAGCAGGCAAGAAUCUCCCGGGAAAAUAACCAAUCUCCCAGCAAAUUCAUAAUAUUUGUAUGUUUUUACUAUUAUCUCCCGAUGGUGCCAAUGGGUAGCAACUUGCACAGCAAAGUAAAAUUAAAUACGUUAAGAAGGCUCAUUUAACCAGAUCUCCCAGAUGUAACUUCUUCUUACUUGGGACUCCUGUUUAUAUAACAAAAUUAUAUAUAUUUAUUGUAUACGGUUCCUGAAAUUAAAACAAUCGAAUCAUUGGCAAAUCCGUUAUUUUAAGAGAAUUUAUGUAGUUUUUUUUUUAUCUGUUUAUUUAGUAAAGGACAUUGCACAUCCAAAAUCAAGGGGAAACCUUUUCUUGUUUUAGAGUUGCCACUGGUGGAAAAUGAAAAUUGAGUGAGGAAUAUACGUUUAAGAUUCCACAAAAGAUUAUUUAAAAUAUGGGUAAAAAAAUGUGCAGUUGCAUAUGUAAAUAAACUAAAUUAUUAUUGUAUAAAUAACGUAAUAGGCCUAUUCCAUGCUUUACAUUAGGACUAUAGCUACACAAACUAUGUAAUACUGUAUAAUGUUACUUGGGCUGCCAAAUCACCUAAUACUCUCCAAGAAUAUAUUGUAUUAAACAAAAAAUAUAUGCUGCCAUUGAAGAUGUAUUGUCUGCUCAAAAACUUACCAUACAGUACUUAUAAAUGCUCAUCCCUGCCAUGAUAUGAAUGCAAUAGUAUUCCCCUCUUAAUAUGUUAAUUUAAAUAAGAGGUUACUUUAAACAUAUUUUUUAAUGCCACAAAUAUGGCAAUUAAAAAAAUUUACUAAAUAUAAUUUUUGUAAGAGUUA